CAUUUUGAGUCUGGAAAAACUUUACUUCAAAAUGACAGCCCAAGUGUUCUGGCUCCUCUGCUUUGUCAUUAGAUCAUCUUCUGGAUCCCUGCUGUACGCUGAGAAGCCCGGCCAGGCUCUCAGCAAAGAUGUUUUCAGCGCAGCUCAGGUGAAGGCGGCAGCGCGGGGCCCGGGCAGCGCCAGGGCGGGCCGGCUCCCGGCCAUGGCCCCCGCGGCCCCUCAGCAGCCCCGGCCCCCGGGACUCCCUUCCCUCGCCUCCGACAAGAAGAAACGCGCGGAGCCUUCCCUGGAAAACAGCACAGGGCCGAGGAAGCACCUCGGGCAGCACGGAGCGCUGCGGGCGCUGGGCAGCCCGGCCCCGGGGGCUCCUCCCGGCCCGCCGGACCCCGGCCGGGCCAACAGGCCGCGCACGGGCCGGCGGCGGGCCGGGGCCGCCAACAGCGUGGGGGCCCCGCGAGCCGCCCCGGCCCGCGCAAAGGCGGUGUCCCUGCUGGAAACUCAUCCUUUCCCAGACUCGGAGCCCGAUGAUCCUGACACGCCGCACCACUCCAACCGAGCGGGGAAGGGAAUGCCCUCCAAAGAGGCCGACCCCUCCAGGAGGAGCCCCAAACCCUCGUGGGUCACCAACCGCUGGGCGCCCAGCGCCGGGUACCGGGCCGCGCUGAGGGGAGACGGUGACAAGGAGAAGGUGUGCCUGAGCGAGUGCGGGAAGGAGCGGGACGAAGGGGAGGCUUUCUGUGCCAGCGAGUUCGCAGUGAAUGGAAUUGUUUAUAACCUGGAAAGCCUGGGGAAUGGAGUGCAGUGGAUUACCCUCUUGGUGGACAGUGAUGGACUGUACAAGAUGAGCCGCCUGUAUGUCACUCCUGACGCCGCCUUCUUCCGAGUCCACAUCUUGGUUGUGGAUACUUUGAACUGCAGUAAACCAUGUCCAGACUUUAAACUUGGCAGCCGGUACAUCGUGAUGGGGCACAUCCACCACAAGCGCCGCCAGGUGCCCGCCGAGCUGCUGCCGGCCCUGCGCGGGCGGCUGCGCCCGGGGGACGGCUGGGUCGGCAGCGGCAGCGGCUACGUGAGGAGAUUCAACAGGAAAAGGGAUCUCAGGGUGAGGGCAGCGCGCUCCAAGUGUCCUUAAGGCUCCGGGGGCUCCGUCCAGGACGUGGGAGCAGCGGGAUCCACCGUCGGAGCGCGCCUGGCCGCGGGCAGCGCUCCCGCCCGGACCCGCGGUCCAACACUGCCUUUGUGCUGCAGCCGACACUGGGAGCCUCGAGCAGGCACCCCGGCGAGGCUCAGCGCAGAAGUCACUCUAGGGAAUGUUAACCGGCCGGGAAUUUGCUCCAGCUGCUUUCAGAGCCACAGGUUAUUGUUGCUUCCCCUGCUGCAGUGUGCCCUGAAUAAUCUGUAGUAACUGUAAUGCAAAAUUCUGGCAGUUUUUUCAUCAGUACACAACAACUGCACUUUGAACCCUUCACCUUGAACACAUUAGAUGAUACCACAACUUUAUCUACACAGGAUGUUCACUGUGCUUUCACAGUUCUGCUUAAUGCAUUUGAUUUCAGAGAAACCAAUACCACUGAGUACCAUUUGUAUUAUUUUUGUCUCAUCAACCAUGUCCAUAGUAUUUCUGAAAAUUACACCAUUCUUCCAGCAGAGCUGGAUGUUCACACAAAGCAUACAGAAUAGAGUGUAAUAAUUUGAGUAUAUGAGCACUGACUGAAAGCAAAUCAAGAACUGCAAAACACAAAUGCCUGGUUGCAUUUACAAGUGAUGGUGCAGGGAAUGCAAAAUGAGCACGAGCUGCACAAAUGGGUGUGCCAGGGCACUUCGUCCCAGAGCUGUGCUGAAUGCCAUUCCCCAGGAGAAAUAUUGCCAAGCUUGUACUUGCACAAGAGUAAAGUCACUUUUUAAAUCAAAAAGACAAUAUUUUAUUACCUUUAGUGUGGUGAAAUUGAGAUGUUUGUUGUUCCCAGUUAGUAUUCACAAAUAAUAAGUCUGUACAGGAAACUAAUAAAAUGCUCAUGAGGUUCUUCUUUCACUGUCUCCUGGGUUCUGGAAGACCCAAAAAACUUACAUAAUGAUGUUGCACAAAGGCAUCUCCUUGUGUGACAAGUUGGCUGAGGAUUUGAUACGUAUUUAUAUUAAGAAAUGUAAAAAAUGCAGUAUAGCUUAAAACCCCACAUACUCAGCGAUAUGAUGAGACCUGCUGCAGGAAGCAGUGGCUUCUAUAGAAGCAUUUUGUUUUGGAACUGGGUUUCUGACACACUGUACUUGUCACACACCUCUGCAGCUUCAUUUGGUGUCACUGGAAAGCCACGGAGCAGGGGAUGGUUUGGGCUACACUGCAUCAAGUAUUUCCUGACAUGGAGCCAAAUACCAAGAGCAAAUCCCCUAUUUGGGACCCAAAGGCUCUUACUGGAGGAUAGAAAUUUACUCACAGCAUGAGUCUACCUAAGAAAUACCAUGUCUCCCUUUUGGUAUGUGAAAGACUUUGCAUGGAACACAGCAUGGAUUGAUGGAAUUUUCCUGAGAAAAUCGGAGGGGGUUUUGAUUUGGCAGGAGGACUGUUCUGGCAAUGAAUCAAAGCUCUGGAGUGACUGGGAGGGACAGAAGGAGGAAGGGUUACAGUGCAUCUCGAGUUUCUUUGUUUCUAUUUUCAGGGGAAGUCCAGGGAUUAAGCAGCAACUCCUCCAGGCAUCCCCCGCCAGAGCAGCAGCAGAGCCCCACUCCUGUUAUCCUGCUGCAGCCCAGGGCGGCGCGGGCACAAACCAACCUGUGCCUCCCUGGGCCUGGCUCUGGGAAAGGGCAAACACAGUGCUAAGGACAUCCCAAGCCUCAGUUCAGUGCCCAUAACUGACACAAAACACUGGGAUACAGAUGUUGCUCUGGGAGCCUGUAAAGUGAUUUAUCCCACCUUCUCUCCCUGUGUUACCAAGUCCUCUUACCUUUCCCUUCUUCAUUGGAAGGUCCCUCCUUAAAAUGUUCCCACAGCAGCUGAGCAACAAAUCCCUGUGUGUCACAGUCCCACUGAGACAGGGCUGGAGCAGGAGCAGGACUGUUGCCACCAGGCUCACCACAUACUAAACACACCUCCUGAACAACAAUUCCCAGACCAGGUCUUGCACUUGCUAU